AUGAAUUAUCAACUGGAGGAUGAGUUUCCCACCACGGCUUCAGGAAAGACUUCCAGCCCCUCCGGGCGGGGAGGACCAGUGGUUCUCGCGUCGGCCAGCAUUGGCCUAUUCGUUGUAUUAGCCCUGGCCUUGGGUUUGGGCCUGGGUCUUGGCUUGAGGCACCAUAAUUCAACCUCGACUUUGGCUUCAGCGAGCUCAGCUUCGUCGCUUGAUUAUAACUUGCCGCUGGGAAACGAGUCAUGGCGCCAGUCUCCGUCGGAGUAUGUGCUGAACAUGAAGGGCUGGGAUUACAGUGCCUCUCCAACAACACGGUCAUACAAUUUCACGGUGUCGGAGAUCGACGCGUUUCCAGAUGGAGUUCUACGUAAAGUCCUGGUAGUCAACGGAAAAUACCCAGGGCCAAUGAUCAGAUGCAAUCGCGGUGACAGGCUGUUGAUAAAUGUGACAAAUGAAAUGUCCAACUCGACAACCAUCCAUUGGCACGGACUGUACCAAAAUGGUACCAAUUGGAUGGAUGGUACUGCUGGUAUCACUCAGUGUCCUAUUCCUACAGGGCGCAGCUUUCUAUACAACUUCACUGUGGAAAACCAAUAUGGCACGUUCUGGUGGCACUCUCACAAGGACACUCAGCGCAUGGACGGUCUCUUUGGACCCCUUAUCAUCCAUGCACCAGAGGAAGUCGAGUAUCAGAAACGGUAUGGGUACACCAGCGAUCAGAUCAUUAUUCUACAGGACUAUUAUCAUGAUCUCAGUUCCGCAUUGUUGCCCACCUACCUAGCGCCUGAAAAUGAAAACGCGGAACCUGUGCCAGACAAUGGGCUCAUUCAAGGAACAAAUUACUUCAAUUGCUCCUCCUAUGGCCCCAACAGUGGCUAUACCUGUUACGACAACUCCACUCGGGCUCUUCUUUCUGUUCAGCAGAACACGAAGACGCGAUUUCGACUGAUCAACAUGGGAGGUUUUGCCACAUUUGAAUAUGCGAUUGACAACCACACCGUGACAAUCAUCGAGGGGGACAGCACGAUGGUCGAGCCGCUGCCACGGAAGUCAUUGAAGAUUGCUCCUGCGCAGCGCUAUUCAUUUAUUGUCGAAGCUAAUCAGCCCGUCACGAAUUACUGGAUGCGCGCCGAAAUGGAGACAAACUGUUUCGCCACUACGAAUGACGUGCUUAAUAGUACAGCUUAUGCUAUUCUGGCGUAUGACAAUAGCACAGUUAUUCCAGGAUCAGGUUCUGUCUCACAGAGCUUCGUUUACGAUCCGCUGUGUGAAGACUUGGACUCCUCGCUACGCCUGCCGUCUGUCGGACAGGAAGCACCCGCGGCGGAAGAAUUUUUCGUUAUACAAUUUGGAUUCCAGAGCAGGGACUAUGCUAUAGACUUGGCUUAUAUCAAUGGCACGACUUGGAAAGAAUCUGAGGUGCCAACACUCAACCGUAUCCUGCCUCACCUUCGUGCUAGCAACAGCACCUACAAUCGGACAGGGCCGGCGCCAUCAUACGGUUUAACUAACCAAUUUAUUCUCGACAUCCCGGAAAACCGAGUCGUUGACAUUUUGCUCCAGAAUUUCGAUGACGGUUCGCACCCGUUUCAUCUGCACGGGUACGACUUCUGGGUCAUGGCAAGUUCUAACUCACAAUACUUCGAUUAUUCGAGGUAUCACACACUGAACCAGACUAAUCCAAUGCGCCGCGACACGGUAAUGGUCGACGCCUAUGGCUGGACAUUGAUCAGAAUACAAGCGGACAACCCUGGCCUGUGGGCGUUGCACUGUCACAUCGCUUGGCAUGUGGCAGCGGGCCUGCUGAUGCAGCUCCAGACACGGGAUGAUUUGAUGAAAGAUUGGACGCUACCUGAUGAUGUUUUGGAUCUAUGUAAUGCAUGA